UACGAAAAAAUAAAAUAAAAACAAUCUGCAAGUGGAAUGAAGUGUUUAAGGAAUACCAGAUUUCAAGAGCAUCGAAUUACCAUCGUGUUCUCAUUUAUUACGCAUCGGCUCUAUAUUAUUACUACCGUCAGUCGGAUAAUUUGAGGGACGAAGGACAAUGUAGUUUCAAAUAUGACAUUGAAAUACGUCGGCUGCGCAUCUCAGAUAAAUAUGUUAUGCACAUAUUGGCCUCGUACUACCCUAUAAAAUGAACCUACUUUUCCCUUUUUUACGUUUUCAAAAUUUUGACAUUGUGUUUAGAGUAACAUGUCUUUCCGGUUCCGCUUGAGUCAUCUGUGCUUCAUUUUUGCCAAAGUUCUUUUAGCUUUGUCUCCAAACAUCUCCCACGUAUUAUCGAAAAACGUAAAUCCGCUCAAUGGCAAAACUCUGAUGAUCAUUCCUAUGUCGGCUUUAGUUCAGUACCGGUUCAACGAUUCCGCCAAACUUAAAAAGUACAUGCCGCGGACGGCGCGGAUGCAAAUAGACAUCAUCGAAUGGCUAGCGCUUCGCAAUAAUUUCACUUAUGCAAUAUUGACAACAAAUGAAACGACGCUAGAGUUGCCCGUCACCAGAAAUAAUAAGGGUUCUAUGAGUUACUUGCUCGACGGGACUUGUGAUAUGGUCGUCAGUGACCUGUUUAUGACAAGUAGACGCUACCGAGUAGUCGACAUGCCUUAUCCUUGGUAUCAGGGACCUGCCAGAUUUCUAAUUCCCGUUCCGGAUGUCCGUUUAAACUUUGCAGCAGUUCUGAAACCAUUUCAGUUUAGGGUAUGGAUCUGGUUGGUUGUUUCACUUGCGCUCGUGAUUGCAACAUUUAAACUCAUUAAACAUUAUCAACCACCUCUGCCCAGCACUCCUGAUGGACUAGUUGCUAGAGUGUCCCAUAAACCAAUUCCUUACCUUUACGUGUUUGGAUUGCUUCUCUCCCAAGGAGGCCCAGUCAUAUCACAGAGAAAAGCCAUCCGAGUGUUGGCAGCCAUUUGGUGUCUAGCAGCUUUCGUUCUCAGCCAAGCGUAUAAUUCCACGCUGAUCACUUACGUCAUCGCACCUAACGAAAAUCCGCUUAUCAAUUCAGUCUUGGAUAUUGUUAAUAACCCCAACAUACACUUACUUGUCGAGAAGAACAUGGGAAUGGAUGUCGUCAUAUCUGGCUCGACGGACGAGGAUGGCAUCUUUAGACGUUUACGAGACGGAAUCAACCACAAUCCCACCUCUCGUUGUACUUCUCAAGUUCAUUGCAUCGAAAGUGUUCUGUCAGGUGGAUCGCGUGUGUUUACUAAAUCAAUUGAGUACCUGUUGGACGCCAUGUUCGUCGAUUUUCAAAAAACAGGACAAUGUCGUUUGCAAAUUGCCAAAGAAGGUUUCAUGAACUUUAUCAUAUCCUUCGCUCUGGCUAAACACAGUCCCUACACAGACACGAUUAGUAAAGGGAUCAUUGAAAUGAACGGAUUUGGACUAAUUGAUCACUGGGUUCAAACUUACCAAGUGAUGCCUCAUCAUUGUAUGAGCAAAGGGGCUCGUAAACGGCGCGAACAACCGCGAUUAUCGCUCAAGAAUUUGACCGGAGCUUUUGUUGUCCUUCUGGUCGGUUACGCUGUUUCUUUUCUAGUUUUUGCGGUAGAGCGUUUACACGAAACUCGCCGUCGGCUUCACAAUCGUAUCACCUCUGCCAAACAAGAGGAACCACCUGCCGCCAGCUACGGACCGGAUGAAUUUGUUUUCUGGUGAAAUUUACGAUGAAUUAGUAAACAAAAUAACUUUCAAUUGUAGUGGAAAUAUACACGUAGAUGUCGUGAUGCACUGAA